AUGCUACCACUGAUCAAAGCUCUCUUUCUGGCUCGUAAGGCCAAGCAAGUCUAUGACGGCCAUAACUGCAAGGCUGCAAAAGCUAGGACACCGAUGUCCAAGACCAACAGGGUGCGUCUAACCGCUCUCUUGCCUGUCACCCUGACGGCCAUUGCACUCCUUUUGGCUUUUCUCUGCGUUUAUGCUGGCAAUAAACCUGGGUACAUGGAGGACUAUGCUGUCUUCACAUUGAACGUCUCCCGCAUUGGUGAGAAUCAGCUGGCCAGUCUGGAUCAGAAGAUCAACUCGAUACACCUCAAGCGCGAGGUCUCGUUGCCGGCCAUUGCUACACCCACCGUCACUUCUGGCCCGAGCAUCUCCAACAUCCCCACGACCUUCAUGACCAUGGCGCCUCGUGGUGUCAUCAGCUCCCUUACUGCCAAAGCCGGCAGCGAUGUCUCCGCCGCAACGUCCGCAGCCCAUAGCAAAGCGACCUCGAUCGGGUCCGCCGCCGCAAGUGCAGCAAGCAGCGCCACUGCCGCAGCAGCCACGAACCUCAUCAAAGCCGUCAAUAAAGCCUACCACGGUGUCAUCGCAGAUCUGAAACUGAAGGACUUCUACAGCAUACACAUCUCCAGUGCCUGCUCCGGCACCUACCAAUUCCAAAACGGCACGAAUGUCACCGUAGGCGAUAGUGGUGUACCGACUACAGGUCUCAUCAGGAUAUUGUACUGGGUCGGCAUCAUUCACGUCGCCAUCGCCCUGAUCCUCGGCCUCGUUGGUCUCUUGAAACCCACCCGCAAAUUUGCCCUCUUCAACAUCUUCGGCACGCUUCCGGCUCUAGUCCUUCUGUUCCUAGCAUCGUCAGUCACGCACGGUGUAGCAGUCGGCGCCGGACAUCUGAUAAACUUCAUCGGCCAAAGUGUCGGUAUAGCCGGCUAUCCGGGGACCAAGUUCCUGCAUCUUACCUGGGCAACUACGGUUCUCUUGCUGAUUAAUAUGCUUAUGUGGACCGGAAUCUUUUUUAUGGUUAAAAGGGAUGGCGUUGUCGAGACUUCCACUGGUCCGAUGCAGUCGAGUGGGUUUGGACCGUUCGGGUUUGGUGGUAGGAAGAGGAUGGAUAGGACGAGUGUCAUUGCUAUGGGACCAGUGUCGCAUCCGGCGCCGGUGAGGCUCGAUCAGAAUGGGCAUGCUAUGAUAUAA